AUGAAUCCGAUAACUUUUGUAUCCAAUGUCAAUCCUGAAUUACAUUUAAAAUAUAAUCUCUAUGGAUGGGGAAACGUUCGAUGUAAUGGAAUUUUAAGUAAACCUUUAUUUUCAUAUAUUGUUUUAUGUAUUUGUACAUUUAUUCAAAAUUUUUCUGUAAAUGGCGCUAAUAAUGCUGUUAUUUCAACUAUUGAACGUGUUUUUUAUUUAAAUAGUGUACAAUCAGGUCUUUUCUUAGCUUUAUAUGAUUUAGCAACAGUUUUUUCAGCACCAUUGGUUGGUUAUUUAGGUAGUUUAUAUUCAUCACCAAUAUUUUUUUCAUUAAAUAUGAUUAUUGUUUCUAUUGGAAAUAUAUUAAUUGCAUCAAGUAAUUUCAUAAAUCGAAAUAAUAAAUUAAAUUCUAAUUUGGAUUUUACACAAAAUUUCUUAACAUUUAAUAAUGUUCUUUUUCAAUGUUAUAAUGAUUCAUUACUUAAUCGAGAAAAUAUAACUGAUUCAAUAUGUUUAAAAGAUGAAUAUUCAUCAAGUACAUCAAUAAAUGCAAAAUUUCUUUUAUAUUCAGGCAAUUUUAUUAAUGGUAUUGGAAGUGUUGCUCUAUUAACCAUUGGUAUUAUUUAUAUUGAACGAAUAUUUCCACGUGAAAAAGCAGCUUAUUGUCAAGGAAUUUAUUUUGCUGUUGGUACUGUUGGUGGUGCACUUGGUAUUGUUGUUACUGGAAGAUUUUUAUUAGUUUAUACUACACUUACACCUAAACAACGUCUACCAUCAUGGUUAACACCUAGUCAUCCACUUUGGAUUGGAUGUUGGUGGUUACCUUAUUUUAUUUAUGGUUCAUUAUGUUUUCUUAUUGGACUUGUUGUAUCUGGUCUACCAAAUUAUGAAAUACCUGGUAAAAAACAUUCAAUUAAUAGAAAUGCUAUAACAAUUCCAACUAUAUCUGCUCAACAACAAUACAAUCCUGUUUCAAUUAAUCGAGAAAAUAGUCCAACAGUUAAUACAAUGACUACAACAUGUACACCAACACCUGCAACAGACAGUAUGCUAUCUGAAUCAUUUUCUGGUUUGAAAAGUAAAAAUCCACCUCAGUUGACAUCGUCACCAGCAGAAAAUAAUACUAGAAAUGGUGUCAUUAAUCAUGCAUUUUCAACUGAUAUGCUCUAUAAUCAAUUACCAAUUACUAAUUCAGCACCAUCAACGACAACUACUUCAGCAAGUCCAUUUGUUCAACAACAAACAAAUAAGGAAAAUUUGAGAAAUAUGUGUUUUGGUAUUUUUAAACUUCUGAAAAAUAUGCGAUAUGUUUUUAUUGUUAUUGCUAAUUUAUUCGAAGGCAUUCUAUUGAAAGGCUUUGUACCAUUUAUUACUAAAUAUUUUGAAUAUCAACAUCAAUUGGAUACUUCAACAGCUACAUUAAUAACUGGUGCCAUUGCAUUACUUUCAGUUAUUAUCGGUUGUCCAAUAGGUGCCUAUUUUAUGAAUAAAUUUUCUUGGACACCAAUACAAUGUGCACGUAUCUGUACUAUAAUAUUAAUAAUUUCAUCAUUUCUUUUUUUAUCUCUUAUUUUUUCUUGUCCUGAACUUAAAUUUCAAUAUACAUCAUGUUCUUCUAUGAAUACACCAUGUUGUCAACAUAUUUAUCAUCCAGUAUGUAAUAUAAAUGAACCUCAAAAAAUGUAUUUAUCACCAUGUCAUUUUGGUUGUAUUAAUCAAACAAUCAUAACAAGUAAUAAUACUAUGUUAUAUUCAUUAUGUAAUUGUGCAGAAGAUACAAUUCUUAGUGAAACAGUUUGUCGAUUUCGACGAAUACCUUGUAUGACAAUGUUUAUUUUAACAAUGAUUGGUGCAACAUUUCUAGUGUUUUUCACAGCAUUUAUUCAAGUUCCAAUGUUACAAGUACUUCUAUAUAGUGUUUCACUACCUUAUCAAAAUAUGGCACUAGCUAUUCGACAAACUAUUGUUCGAGUAUUAGGACAAACAACUGGUCCAUUAUUAUUUGGUUAUGUUUUUGAUCAAUCAUGUUUAGUAUGGCUUACAGAUUGUUAUGAUCGACAAACAUGUAAAGUAUAUGAUAAUCGUCGAAUGAGUUUAUCAAUGGCUUUAUCAGGUUUUUCUAUUCGAUUAAUAUCUGGUAUUGCUUGUUCAAUUGUUUAUUUCAAUUGGAAAUUUAAACAUUCUAAUCAAAAUGAUAUUUCUUCAAAUAAUCUACAUAUGACAUCCAAUGAAGAACAUGAAAUAACUCGAUUUUAA